AAAGUACAAAGGUAUGCAAAACAAUAAUAAUGUCUCUUUGUACAGUGGUGUGUGGGAAGAAUUUGGACAGCACAACUGUUGCUGUUCAUAUGGAUGAAGUCUACUGCAAGGCGUGCUAUGGUAAGAAAUAUGGGCCAAAAGGCUAUGGUUAUGGCCAAGGAGCAGGAACCCUCAGCAUGGACAAAGGAGAGUCCCUGGGAAUUAAACCUGAAGAACCCGGUCCCCAUCGUCCUACCACCAACCCAAACCCCUCCAAGCUAGCUCAGAAGUUUGGAGGAUCAGACAAAUGCCCUCGCUGUGGCAAGUCUGUCUACGCUGCUGAGAAAGUGAUGGGAGCUGGGAGUGCAUGGCAUAAGUCUGGAUGCUUUACAUGCGCCACUUGUGGGAAGAGCCUUGAAUCAACCACACUAGCUGAUAAGGAUGGGGAAAUCUACUGCAAAG